AUGCUUGAGGUCCCUGUCGAGCGACGGUCGACGAUCACGUGCAUCGUCAGCAACGUCGAAGACCUGAACGUUGUCUGGAUCAGGUCUAAGCCGACACAGAGCCCAGUCAUGUUAACGGCUAACGCCGCCACACUGAUAGACGAUCCCCGCUUCCACGCACUCGUGACGGGCAGCCCCGAGCAGCGGGGAGUACGGCUGCGUAUAGCCGACGUGAGGAAAACGGACUCGGCAGUCUAUACCUGCGAGGUGCCGACGAUUCCACCUGUACAGGUGAACGUGUCGAUCAGCGUCAUAGACGCCCCGGCAACGACCGCCGCGCCGCCGACGACAUUCCGGCCUCCGAUAGAGGUCAGCACUACUCCGUACCGCGUAGAGCCGUCGGUGAAGACGACGCCGACGCCGACGCCGACGGAGGACGAGCCUAUGAUUGUGGAAGUGACGCGGGAUUCCGAGGUGCCAGCUGGCGCCACCAUCGAACUCAGCUGUACAGUGCGAAACGCAGGCAACCUUAACGUGAGUGGAGGUGACGUCGCGAUGGGCAGACAGGCAGAUAGAUAG